UUGAAUGUUUCCAGCAGACAGCACGGACAUUAGAUCGGACUUUUCAGUGAAUCAUUAAAGAAAAUGUUUUACACACUUGUUUUAUUCGGCUUUUGCUGGUUAAAUCUGACGGGUUUGUUUGGGACUAAAACAAAUGAAAAACAGUCAGUGUCAGUGACGGAGGGAGAGUCUGUUACUCUAAACACUGAUGAUAUUGAAAAAGAUGAAGAGGACGACAUACUGUGGAAAUUUGAAAAGUCUCAAAUAGCUAUAAUUAAAGGAAAAAAGCAAAAUUUCACAUAUGAUGAUACUACUGAGAGAUUCAGAGACAGACUGAAGCUGGACAAUCAAACUGGAUCUCUGACCAUCACAAACAUCUCAACUGAACACUCUGGAGUCUAUGAACUAGAGAUAAGUGGAGCGAAACUGACAUCAAAAACAUUCAGUGUUUCUGUCUAUGCUCGUCUGCCUGUUCCUGUCAUAAGAAGAAACUGUUCUUCAUCAUCAUCCUCAUCCUCAGAGCAGAAUUGUUCAUUGGUGUGUUCAGUGGUGAAUGUGGGUCAUGUGACUCUCUCCUGGUACAAAGGAAACAGUUUAUUGUCCAGCAUCAGUGUGUCUGAUCUCAGCAUCAGUCUCUCUCUACCUCUGGAGGUGGAAUAUCAGGAUAAAAACAGCUACAGCUGUGUGCUCAACAAUCCCAUCAGCAACCAGACUCAACAUCUGGACAUCACUCAGCUCUGUCACACAUGUUCAGCACUUGACCCAGAGUCUCCUUCACAACAAGACUCAGCUCUAAAAGUGCUGGUAAUUAUUUCUGCUGCUGGAUCUCUGUUGAUUGUAGCUGCAGUCAUGAUCUUCUGGACCUACAGGAAAUAUACAAAAACUGAUACAGAAGUUCAGACAUGUGAAGAAAUGACUUAUGCUGAGACAACAUUCUUCAAAAGGAAUUCACACAAGCUGGAUGUGGGUAACCAAGCAGUUGCUGGUCCACAGUGA